UUGAGGUAAAACAAAUUCAGAUAAAAUUUAAUCUACUAAAUCUAAAUGUUUUGAAGUGAGUUUGAAUGUUAAGAACAUUUGAAGCUGAAAAAUGGAUAAAAAAUCAUCGAGAUGCCAUGCGCUAUCCCAGACUGACCGAUUCGAUGAAACAGGCGAAUUGCAUCGUAUAAACAACGAAAAUAUAAAUAAGAUAACAUAUUUAUCUAAAACCUUGGAACAAAAAGACGACCUGAUUAAACUUCUCUUAAGAGAAAAGAGCAUAUUGCAAUGUGAGAAAGAUUUGCUUCAAAAAGAGCAGUUGUCGGCAGUACGAGAUAAGGAAAGUAUUGUAAUGAGAUUUGCGAUUGUAGAAAAAAAUGUAAUUGAUUUAAAAAGUCAAUUAGAACAAGCUGAAAAACGAGAGAAAAAGAUAUUGAAGGAAUGUGACACACUGAACAACAGAGUCAAAGCUGCAAAAGACGAAAAAAUGCGUAUCAAUGCCGCAUUGGAUGUAAAGUGUCAAGAGCAUAUUCAUUGUCUAAGGGAUAUUGAAACAUUAAAAACGGAGAUUUCUUCCUUAGAAACCAAAUGCAGAUGGAACACUGUAAAGCUAAGAAAAGAGAUAGAAUGCAAACAUGCCCUUGAAAAAGAACUACAGGAACUUCAGAAGAACCUCGAAAAUAAUCAAAAGCCAGAAACAGAUGAAUGUAGUUCACACAAAGUUGCGGAAUUAAAGCAAGCUUGCAUGUGUGCUGAAAAUAACAAACUGCACCAGGAAAACUUGAAUCUGCAAAAUCUGCUAGAUAACAAUGUCAUGAAAGUUGCUGAAUUACAGGCAAAAAUGAAUGACUUAGAAGCACUAAGAGCUCAACUAUCAAUAUCAAAGGAUGCGAAUUGUAAUCUUACAGAGCACAUACAAUAUGUCCAGAAGCAGCUGACUGAGCUUACAGAUGACAUAAACAAGUUUCAAAAAAGAGAAUAUGAACUAUUGGCUUUGAAUCAAGAGUUGGGAUCACUGAAUGCAAAGCUGCAAAAUGAUAUUUUAUUACAUGUGUCAAAAAGCCAGGCUGCUUCAUUGGAAAAUAAUGAAGCAAAUAAAACUCAAUACGAAUGCCAAAUAAACAAAUUACAAGAAGAGCUGGAUAGUGAAAGAAAAGAUCGUUUUGAGGAGCGCUUAGUGAUGGCUAAACACUUUGCUGAAAAAUCAAAAGAAUGCGAUAAUUUACAACAGAAGCUAAACCAGGCAUUGGAGGACAUGACUGUUAUAAAGAGAAAACAUGCAAUGUUGGUAAAGGAUCUACAGCGAGAAAUUGCAUCGUUACAAAAAUCAUCGUUACUACAACAAAUCACUGAAUCACAACAGGAGGAGCAAAUUAAAUCAUCUGUUACUACGGAAGAUUGUAUGGAUCGCGUAGAUGUUUAUGAAGAAAAGGUGAGUAAUAAGGAGCUAUAA